UCCAAAACCUCAAUUUCAAAGUAAUAAUAACUUCCGAGACUGAAAAGUGGAAAUCUGUUGAUUUUUUUAACUUAAAGAGUCAUUUAAAUCUAUGUUUACCCCGUUUUUUUUAGAAAACUUUAUAUAAGUACACAGAAACACAUUUUUAAAAGUCUUGUUUACGAUGGCCAACGGGCAUCCCAACAAAUCCGGCCCGAAUAAGGUGCCCGGAAUAGGGAACUGUUUUGAUAUUAUGCCAUUGAACUUAAAAUAGGGUGUAAAGUAGGGCUCCUUAGAACUACGAAAUGGCCCUGUCCAGUUGGAUCUUGAGGUCGCAGAUGGGACAUCAGAGUCGCAGAUUCAAUUUUAGAUCAGGAAACAGAAAUAAAGAUCAGGAGGAAGAUUUGUUUAGUUCCUGUAAAAAACAAGAACCACAUGAGUGCUUUAAGAAUAUAUUAAGCAAGUUUUGUGAGAUUGAAUCUGAAGAGAAGGACCUUUUAAACUAUCUGAACACUUUUGUGAAGCUAUUAGAUUACUACAAAGAAAACUUUGAUGAAGUUAAUUUUAGUAGAAGAGAAAUUCUUUUGUGCUUACGCCUACCAUUAAUGAAUGAAUCAAGUAUUGUGAGAUCUGCAGGCUUAAGAUGUAUAAGGCAUACAAUACAGAACUCAGUUGAUGUAUCGAAUAUUAAUCAUCAUUUAAUUCCAUUUUUCGUUAUGAGGUCGCUAGACCUAAAAAAUGAUGUUGAAAGGGUUGAAGCAAUGAAAUUGAUUAGAAAAAUGAUACACAUUGCUCCAAAAAAGUGUGAUAUCUCCUUAGCUAGAAGUUUGGUUUCAAUUGCGAAUGGAGCACCUGAAGGAAAAGAUAGACUCCUCCGGAUAUGUUUAGCUACCCUAUCUGAAUUGGGACUUUUCAACCCAACUCUUUUAAUUGAGUCAGGCGGAGUUAAUGCCAUAACUAGAAAUUUAAUAGACUGUCAAAUUCCCUUAAUCGCAGAAUCCCUGUGCGGGGUAUUGCUCCUGCUGUUAGACCGUCCAGAAACCAGAAACAUUGCUAAGAUUGACUUACACUGUGUUGCAGCCCCAUUUAGUGAGUUUAAUUACAAACAUGGCUGGAAAGAUAAAACUAGGGAUGAAAGGAAACUACGCCUUAAUUGUAGCCGUCUUAUAUUACUUACAGUAUUAAAGAGCUGGCCGGGAUUGUUACAUUUUUGCAGUCCAAAAGAUACCGAGGGUUUUAGAUCUAUUGUUGAUGUGCUUUAUUUGCAACAAAGAGAAGUCAGGAAAGCAGUUCUUGAUCUGCUGUAUGACUUACUGGGUCUUCAGCAACCAGAAUGGACUGAAGAAUUGUCAGUUGCCUUAAGUGCAAUUGAUCCUUGUGAACUCCAAUCGUCGUGGAGACUAAAGGAGGGUUUUGUGGCUGCUGAAGGAAAAUCUAUUUUGCCCCAUCUGGCUAAAACAACUCCUUCACCUACCGAAAUGCAUUUAGCCCUUUUGCUGAUGUGCUUUUUGGAAUGUGGAAUUUUGCCAGCCCUUACGGAGGUUAUAACUAGUAGUGAUACUUUUAUUAGUGUCAGAGCGACUGUUUUAUUAAGUGAGUUAUUAAGACUUAUUCAGCUCUAUCUGCCUCCUGGAUGUUGCAAUGUUUCGCCAUCCCUUCCAAAAUUAAUAGAGUAUGCUACUAAAAGCAAACCGCAAGCGAUGGGUGCUAUUACGGCUCUACAACAGUUACAUAAACUAAUGCGAAAGCGUCCAGCCUCUUACAGUUUGCAUCUGGACUAUGUUAUCAGGAACAACUCUACUAGUAAAAACAAAAUGAGACAAGAGAGACACACUAGAAAUAAGAGGCUUAAAUCAAAGCUUAAUCAAGUUAAAGCAGCCUUAAAAGACGGCGAUGAUAUAGUAAAAGAAACAGGCGUGCUGUCUAGCAAAGAAGCCAAAAUGUGGAAUUGGGGUGUUAUAAAAAUGAUUCUUAAGGGUGAUAGAGGACAAAAACUAGAUUUAAGCGACUCAACGCAUAAAAUAUUCCUAAAAAGGUUGUUGGAUUUUUUCACUCCAUCUCAAAACAAGUACUCUCACAUGGAUUUGGGCAUCACGCCGAGUGAUUCUCUUGAAUUAACCACCAGCGGUAUAGAAUUUAUUAAAUAUUUAGGAGAAGUUAAAGAUCCGGAAUGCCAAUUAAUGGUUCUUCAUCUAUUCGAAGACAUUCAUGCCCAAAUAAAAUCCAUAUCAACGAGCCGUAGCGUUCAUGAUUGUUUGUUUAGUCCGGCACAUAUGGCCAACACACAUUGCCAGAGCUAUUUUUUGUUUAUUGGUCAGUUUGCCAGGACAGAGGCUGGGAGAAAUAUCUUAAACAGUAUCAAAAUGUUUAGUCUGCUUCAAGAACUAGCAACAACAACUUCUCACGAUUCCUACACCAAACUCAUAAUAUCCUCGUUAGACUACAGUACUCAUGGUCCAGCCAGGGAACUUUUAGCUGCAGUUUUAACCUGCGGAGUGGAAAGCUCCAGAAUGUACGCGACACAAUUUAUGUUGGUGUUGCUCAGAUCAGGUUGCCCUGGAUUUUCUUCAUGGGCCGUUGGAUUACUUUGUCUACAACUAGAGGAUCAGUCCAGAAAAGUAUGUCUGUCGGCCUUAUCGACCCUUCAAGAAGCGUGUGAGCUGCCGGAUUGUCUGGAAACUCUAACCGACUUGGCUCCGAACAUGGAAAAAUUAGGCGAAAAGGGUGAAAUACUUGCCAUUAGAGUCCUCUCUUCAGAAAAAGGUUAUAAUAAAUAUGGAGAAGAGAUGAUCCUAAACGUUGUUACGAGGUGGGUCACGCAUAUGAACUACAGAUAUGUCAAAAUCGUAGAAGGUGAUUUAUAUGACUCGUUAACACUCCAUCAAAGAAAUGAAGAUGGACUGUACGAUAGAAGAGUAUCAAAUCUAACGGGAGUAAAAAACAAUUAUAGAAAAGAUGUCAUUCUACAGCCGCACCUUUAUGGGCAACUGAAUCAGCAUGCUGAAGGAUUUCAGUUGCUUACUAGAAAUGGAUUUGUAACUUCAAUGGUUGAACUUAUACAAAAAGCUCCUUGCAGUACGGACGAGCAGAUUCUCAAACUUAAGGCUGCGUUAUGGGCAGUAGGACAUCUUAGCACGUCCAACAUUGGGUUUACAUACUUGAAUGCGUUGGAAUUUGUGAAAAGUAUGAUCCAAAUUGCUACGAAAUGUCCGGUUUAUGGCGUGCGGAGUACAGCCUUUUAUGCCUUGGGAUUGGUGGCUACUACUUCUCUUGGGGCUGACGAGCUUUGUCUGAAUGGGUGGCUCGCUACAAGACAUAACAGGCAUGAAAACUGGCCAGUUAUCCAAGAGGAGUUAAUGGAUAGCCUUUGUAUUUCAUAUUUUACCACGUCGGUGUGGGAGGAUGCUCCUGACACUUCGAAGGAAGAAGAUGAGGUUACUCUGAGCGAAGAGGAUGAAAGACUGACGGAAUAUCCCGCAUCACCAGCCUUCAGUCCUGACAUAAGAAAGGUUAAGCAAUGGACUCUGCCGGUCACCCGUACUCCGCCAGAUUUUUCUCACCACAGGUCAUUAUCGGAAUCAAAAACCUUCGACAGUGCGACAAGCAACGGCUUCGGAGAGGUCGGUCCUUAUGCACUAGCGAUCGGCCGUCAGAGAAAUAGUUCGAUGACUGAAAGUACCACUUCCGGUGUUAGUUCCUGCGAUUCUUUGCCAAAUAGACAAGGAGGCCCCGCCUACCUUCGAACUUUAAGUCCCAUUCCGAGUUCUACCAGUUUAAGCAUAUUGAAGAUGCCGCCACCCCCACCUGAACGAAGAGCUCACAGAAUCUCCUCUAACAGUGCAGGUUCUGACGCCUCAACUUCUUCACUGUCAGCGGCAGGUAACGAGCUUAGUCUUCAAAAUAUGUUGGGAUACCAAACAAUUAGAUACAUUAGGCGAAGGGAUUCUCUCAACUUCCAUCGUACCGAACGGGAUGAUUACCUUUUUCGACCGCCUCCACAAACAAGUAGAAAGUCAUUGGGGUCUGAAACCAUACAUGCCGAACCCACUGCAACAAUCCAUUAUGCUUCUUUAUUCGCUCAGAAUUUCGAUCCUAUUUAUGAGCCUUUGCUGAAUUAUAAGCCGAAGGAUACUAUCUAUAGAGGAAUAUGCUUACCCAGGAUCGUUACUGACUUAUUUCCCACUGAGCCUAUGUCAUAUCCAAGAGAAGUCCUAGUUCCGGAAGAUGCACUACCUAAAGUGGAGCUUAAUUUACUGAACGUGGUUACGGAAAAAGCCAAAUCACAGAUUUGGGCUCACAGCAAAGAUCGUUGUGUAUUGUGUAGCCAAAAUUUGACGCCUUUACUUCAACAUUUUGAGAAUGAUCCUCUUAAAACAGAAGUUCUUCGAAUCACUGAACGGUUAGCAAAUCCGGUUUUAACUAAACCAUUUAUAAACCAACUUCUCAGGCUGAAGCAAAAGGAUCCGAUAAUCUUUAACGAUGUUUGUCUCUACUCGGAGGUGUGCAAAAUAUUCUCAGAGUGCAGUUAUUCUUUAGCAGUUCGUAGGAUCAUACAUGAACUGUUUCUGGAUGUCGGUUAUGAAAAAUGCUUCGAAAUUCCAAGGAAAAUACUCCUAUUGGAUAACAAACCUAAGGCAUCUGGUAGGAAAAGUACUGGAGAUAUAGUUACUUUGGACUCGUUAAAGCUGAUUAGUGCGGAAAACAAGUUUCCUAUAAGAACUAGAAAAAAUACGAAUUGAUUAUAGUGUGUAUAGUAUGUAUUCUGAGUGAAUACUUAAUUAUGUUAAUUAAGUUUCCAACGUUUGGGUGAGUUUUUUUAUUUGAUUGCAUGAUGGUAUUUUACAAUUUCAUUAGGAUUAUCUUUAUGUUUAAAUUAUUAUUAUAUGAUAGUAACUUAUUUCUGCAGCAGGCACUAAUUAACAAUAGUUAAUUUAUUAUUAUUUUGUAAAUUGUUUUUUUUUUCUUAAAAAGUUAAAAAGAUGCAUAUGUAUAGAAUGAAAAAUCUACAAUGUUAUAAGAAAAAUACAUAAACAAUUUUCCAUAUUAA